AUGGCAGACGGUGACUCGCCAGUUCGGUCGAUGGGCUCCCAAAAAGUAAAGCUCUUGUUACUGGGCAUCGUAGGGCUCGCCUACGCUCACCCGAGUGUAGAAUGCCCUACGGAUGGCAAGCAAUACCUCCUACCUCAUGAAUAUGACUGCUCCAAGUUCUAUUCAUGUGUGCGAGGAAGGAAGCAUAAUCAAGCGUACGACUGUCCUGUGAACACGUUGUUUUCUUUUGAGAAACAGACUUGCGACCAACCCCAUCUAGUAAACUGCGUCAAUUCGGUUCGCAGUACAGCUACGUUGGGAUGUCCCACUCAUUUCUUUGGUGUCCUUCGGCUACCACAUGAAAAUGACUGUGGAAAAUACUACAAUUGUGUGCAAGGGAAUAGAGUUCUUAUCAAUUGUGAAGCUGGCAAACACUUCAAUGCUGUGACACAGAACUGUGAAGAUCCAGGCAAAGCUGGGUGCGAUCCCAGAUUAGGUCAAGAUGGAGAAGAUGGUCAGGAUGGGCAAGAUGGCUUUGGUAUCGGUGCUGGUAUAGCCGGUAUUGGUGGUUCUGGGGGCCUCAGUAAUGGCGGAAACGGGGGAAACGGUGGAAACGGUGGGAACGGCGGUAAUGGAGGCAGUACACACACCAAUGGUGUUGAGUUACUCGCGAACGGAUGCCCUGUUGAUUGGAGAAUUGAACAGCUCUUACCUCAUCCUGAUUGCACAAAGUUCUACCAGUGUGUCCACGGAAGGAAAGUAGAAAUGCCAUGCGCUCCUACUACGUUCUUCAACUUUGAAAGCCAGGUAACUAAAAUAUGA